AUGGCGGACUCCGCGAAGACAAACUGCCUGCUUUCCCCCGUCGAAAGCCUCCGCGCCUGCGUCCUCCUCCAGGAAGCCCUCAAGCAGCUCGCCUUCAUAGGCCGUUUGUCUCGCCGCCAAAAGGCGGCCAAGCCCGACGGGCUCGCGGCUUCCCGCGGCGACGAGAUUGUGCGCCUCAUCGCCGAGCAGCAGCAGCAGCAAGACAGGUGCGCGCAGCAGCAGCAGCAGCAGCAGCAGCAGCAGCAGCGGCCGCGGCAAGGCGGCAAGGCGGCAGGGCGCGGCGCCACGCACGCCACGCCCGAAGAGCUGCUUCCCCAACACUUCUCGGAAGCUCCCGCAGCCCGCAGAGCUGCUGCUGCUGGCUAG